AUGCUCGUAGCCCAGGGCGUCCGAUGGAGAGGCCACAAACUCAAGGGCAGCUUACACAGUUGGGCAGGACGACAAUUACGCAGACACAUCAGUGACAACAUAACCAAAGAAGUAAUAACGCACAGUUAUGAUAGAAAAAAAUAUGAACAAAAUGUGCACAUGUACGACACGUGCAAAAGUUAUGUGGAUUUCAAACAAAAGACCUUUUACGACUACGUUAAGGAGGAAACACCCAUACUUGUACCCACCAUAAGGAGGGGGAGGCGGCAUUCUACCCCUCGAAAAAAGAACAAGGAGGAUGAAGUGGAACUGGGUGACUGCACACAAAGAGGAGAGACCCCAAGGGGAGGGUAUAAUGACCCAACGGGCAGUGAACAGGUAAAGGUAAAAUACCUGUGUGAGUACAAAAAGUGGAGUAAACUCAUAAGCAAAAGGGACAGCAAUCUUGCGGUCGUCAAGGAUGAAGCAGAAGAGGAAAUCCCUAUGGUUACCGAAAACUAUGAAGCAGAAAAGACGUGGGAAAAACGUCCACAUAAGACAGACCCACAAAUUAGCGACGAAAAUAAGAACCCCAUCAGUGAUGAGCUAAGGCACAUAUGUAUUGACAACAGUAAGUUGUUCUACCCAAGUAAGAAGACGGAAGAAUGCCACGAAAUGAAGGUAACCCAGUACUGCUGGCAAAAAGGUUUGUGCAGCUCCAGAUUUGCAUUCAAUAAUUUAAACAGAGGCAUUAUCAAAGUCAAUGAUCAGGUAGUGUUCAAAAAUAUUGUCAUUUCCCCAGGGAAGGACAAAGUGGAAUUAACCAAAGUAGGUAAAGAGCUGCUGAGGAACAAAAAUAUAACCAUCAUUUUGAAUAAGCCCAAAUAUUACUUGUCCAUUUUGAACGACCACAAGACAAACAAAAAACUGCUAGCCAGAAAUUUAAUAAGAAAUGAAAAUAAGUUCAUUGAGGAAGAACAUAAAUGUAUGAGUUAUUUUAUUAACAAAAAUGUGAAUAUCGAGAAAGUCAAUAAGUUAUAUGUGUGUGGAAGGUUGGACGCCAACUCCACGGGCCUUCUAGUUUUUACUCAAAAUACGCUCAUCUGCAGUUAUCUGCUAAACAAACAUAAACACCAAGUGGAGAAGGAAUACAUUAUCAAAACAGCAGACCCGAUAACAGAAGUUCAUAUGGAACUCUUACGCAAAAAUGCCCUUGUUGAUGGUAAGCUGAUAUAUAAAUGCCGCAUACAGUAUGUGGACUGCUUUACGCUGUCCUUUACACUUUACCAGGGCUUCCACAAAAUUAUUAGGAAGCUGUGCCUCCUUUCCAACAUCAAAAUUAAGGCCCUGCACAGGGUCAGGAUAGGGGGCAUUCACCUGAAAGGUUUGCCCCUCGGGAAGUGGCGCUUCCUCAUGCCCAACGAAUCUUUUUUUUUGUAA